GUUGGUUGGCUGGCUGGUUCAUUUGGCUGUCCAUCCUUGUAUCGCUUGUGUGUGCUGCAGCCGUGACUACUCGAUCCGCUGCUGCUACUGCUGCUGUUCUGGCCGCCGCGCUGUGCUGUGCUGAGUGUUGUAAGGAGACAACAGCAUAGUAUUAUUAUUAUUAUUGUAGAGACACACUGAUCGCCAGUGAGUGGUGUUGGUGGUAGUGAGAGACUCGGCUCCUCCGCAGGCUGCCAUCUAAUUCGCAUACGACAAUCGUUCUCAACCAAGCGACGUUGCCAGGUCUCCCCGCGUUUCGACUCUAAGCCAGCGCCCGUAGCUCCGCCGUGUAGGAGAGCUGCUGCUUUCUUCGACGGAAGGAGUCCACUGUUCGCCAGCGACAGCCGCGACUCAGCUACCGCUGCUGCUGCUGCUGCUGCUGCUGACGACGACGACGACGACGGUAUUCACGACGACGACAACAACAGCAACAACAACGGUAAUAUCCGCGAUAACAACAACAGCCACCACAGCAGCAGCGCACACACAUUUCGCAGCGACGGUCGACGGCAACACUUUUAGUAGGGCCAAAUCGGCCAGGAGUAACCGACAACGCCAUAGGCCGCGAGACGCGAUCAGGCAGGCAGGCAAGCAGGCAGGCAGGCAGGCGAUUGAACGUGGUGGCAGUAACAGCGUUUUGGCUGGCUGGCUGGCUGGCCGACUACUACAUUGGCAGCCACAUUGGCGUGUGUGCGGAUAGACGACAACAGCAUCGAUAGUGCUAGCAGCAUUCACAGUUAGUACUCGCAGCAGCAUAACAGCUACUGUAACAGCAGGAAUAAGAGCAGCUACUGCAGCACAGUGCCGUUGCUGCUGCUGCUGGUGUGGUGUUUGUGGCUUGUGUUAGUGGUGUUUCAAGCAAGCGAACAACGCAACGCGACGCGACGCAGCAAGAAGAAGCCAACCAAACUGAGACAAUUCUAACAAAGUCGAGUUGAAAGUUAAAAAGAAUAAAAUUACUAUUGCAUCGACUAUAGCAUCAGCGACGAUGGCGCACAGCAGCGAUUCGACGAUCCAGUUUUUCAAGAAAGCGUCCCCAGAACAGUGGACCUAUCUCCUCAGCUGCUACAAAGAGGCGGUAGGCGCCAAAGCCCAACUGAGGACCAAAAAAGGUGGACCUGAACAGUACCUCAAGCUCGAUGCCUGGUACCAAGAUACAUUGCCAAAGACGAUCCGAAGUCGUAAGGACCCUCAUCUGGAAUACAAUGAGCUGGUUGAUAUAAUGAAAUGGAAGUUGAUGCGUAGUAAGUACAAGCCGGCGGCGCUGGACCUCGUCAAAACUAACACUGAAAAGAACGUCAAAGCGACCACACAGCGUGCUUUCAAGCGUAUGCCAAAGCUCGAAAUGGCCAUCCAGGCCCUUACAAUUGGCCUGAAAGGUAUCGGAACGGCGACCGCCUCGGCAAUUUUGGCAGCGGCCUUCCCCGACUAUGCUCCAUACAUGGCCGAAGAAUGUAUGGUAUCGACACCGGACGUCGAGGCUGAGGACUACACACAGGCCGAAUAUCUCAAAUAUGCUGAUCACUACCAGAAGUUCGCGAAGAAACUCGAGGAGAAAGACGAAAAAGGCGACUGGAAUCCGCACAAGGUUGAAUUAGCUAUCUGGUCGCAUUACGUCCUGCGUCUUCACAAGCCCGAGCUGUUAGACAAGAUGCCUGGCCAGGUGGAAAGCAAUGGUUGCGGCGAUGAGGAAUCAAACCAGGCUCCGCUAGGUGAGGGUCAAACCUUGUCCGAAGGACAGGGCAACGGUAUAUCUUCAUCGUGUGAUGACGACGACUCACAACAAAGCAACGGCACGCUUAACCAGGACGACAGUAAUAGCCUUCCGCCUCAUGUGACAGCCAAUGGAAAUGGUAACGGCACACCGACGGCAGCGUCCGCAAACAAAAACGGCCACCCGGAAAGCAACACGACAGACAAUGACACUCGAUCAAGCUUAGUUGAGGACCAGGACGCGUGCUGUGAGGAAUCGCAGGACUCGCAGCAGCCCUCGCAAAGUUCACAGCCGGCAUCUGACCUCGAGGUGUCACAAGAUAGCAGCAGUGUCCAGACUGCUGUCGCAGGCCAGGUUCCGUCCACUGGAUUAGCGUCUAUUACGCCCGUUGAAGCAGCUACGCCUACUGCGCCGGUAGCAGCUGCCACAGGUGACAUUGCCGCAACUACCGAAGCAGCCGUUACCGCCGACGAAGUUGCAUCAGUGUCAGCUACUGGUGCGGUAAAGAGGCCCGCCGAUGAGAACGGGAUUGGUCAAGAUUUGCAUGUCGACCGGGAUCUACCUGCAUCAGAAUGCAAAAAGCAGAAGCUUGAUGAUGCUUUAGCAACAGCGGCAGCACCCGUAGCUGAAUCAACAACAACAGUAAUAGCCACGGAAGCGACAACGGAGAAGACGACGUCACUCACAACGACAACAGCAGCAACAACAACAACAACAACAGUAGCAGCAGCAGCAGCAACUGCCGUGUCCGACGAUGUCACGUCUGCAGCCCCUGUCGCAGAAAGCCAGUAGAAUUGUGACGUAGUCUACGACGGUAUGGCUGGACAGAUGUUGAACAGGCGGCGGCCGAGGAGGGGGCAGAGCUGACCCCCGAGAUCUCUCACGGAGAAAACAAGACAAAAAAACAUUUUGUGUAGAAGCAUUAAUUCAACCACAAGAGGGCGACUGAAUAGUCGGCAUCAACAAGCGAUGACAACUACCACAAAAGUUAAAUAAAGCAGACGGCGUAUGACGAUAUGAUUGAUGAGUGCAGAAGAAGAACACCAUUAUAUAAAAGACAUCAGUAUGAACAGAAACUACAACUGCUACUAAAACAACAAUUUCAACCAUAACAACAACAUCCACAACCACAAAUAACUAACAGUAACGGAGAUGAAGACUAUCAACAAGAACCAAUAAUAGUAAUAAUAAUGAUAAGGAUAUUAUUAUAUAGAUAUAUACAUGGAUAUACCUAAACAUCACCAACAAUGGCGGAAGACGAUAAAGAAGCACAAUUGAAGAGAGAGAGAUACGAGAGAAUGAUGAUUUAAUGAUAAUGAUGCCGUUAAUAUACAUCACUGCUAAUACUACCACAAACUACUACUAUGAUUAUUAUUACUACUACGAUGAUGAUGAUUUGCGGAUAACACAGUUUAUUACCUGAAGCGCACUCGAUCUUGCUGUUGAUCGACUUGAGAAGGCCGCCGACGCAACGGUGUUACGCCCCAGCGGUGUUGCCGCGUAAGAAGAAUUCAAUCUUUCAGGUAGAUUGUUUUCUUGCUCGUUACUGAAACGGGCGGAUCUUUGUUGCGCACCGAAAUUGUGAUGGCGCCAAUUGUCUCCACUUUUCACCUAGCGGAGGAAGCCGGAUUCGCGAUUAAUUAGUAUAUGAAAUCUCUUUAUGAUGGCAACGCCUAAACGCACCCACAUCGACAAUUUUUUUUCGACUUUUAAAUCGAAACAAACUUGUUGAGUAAAACUGUGGUAUAGUUGAGCGAAAACUCAAAGAAAGGGUUUCCAAUUGGUAACAGUUGUUUUAAGAGUUAAUUUGGCUGAAUGAGCGCAACCUGUCUAGCGGCAACGGAAAGGACGAGUGAGCCUAACGGAACGGAAUGGAAUACAAAGCGGGAAUAUGAGAGGAAAAAAACGACGAAAGCGCGACCUAAUACAAAUGGUGGUAUAAAAGACAAAUAAUGAUGGAUAAUGACAAUAGGACUUUGGUCGUUGGUUUGCACUGGCAGAGUUAACAGGGGACGACGAUGUGCCUAAGUGUGGAUUGGUUUAGGUAAAUAAUAAUAACACUGCUGCUGAUAAUGAGGAUGGUGACAACGAAGUCUUGCGAUACGGUGGAGAUUAAAAGAGUCUGGCGCGCUGCGACGGCACGGAGCCUACUCCAUAGAAACGUACGUAUCUUUCUACACAUGAUGCAUACACCCGAGAUAGAUUAGUUGAAAUCUUCGUCUACGUAGACUUUGUUGCUGUCCGUUUAUUCAACAACAGCUAAAAAUGGCAACUAACUUCCGUAGGCGUUCGGUUUUCCUCCCCCGUUUAUUGAACACUGGCUGGGAUUUUGAUUUCCUUUAGCCAAGAAGGCUGACGACUCAUUGCAGCCCGGAAUACAGAUGCGACUCUACAAAUCCGAAAGCAAAACGCGACGGUAGAAUAGCACACGAUAACAGAACAGGCUACAGAAAAGGUUGGAUUCAUCUAUUGAACUAGGAGCAAAAACGCAAACUACGCCGGCAAAUAAUUACGAUGACAAUGCUGAAGUGUUUUAACACAAUGCGCUUGCUCGUCGCAAGUAUGUGAAUGUCCACGAAACAGGAUAGAUACGCGUUAAGGAGAAGUUUCCCAAAAGCCAAUGAAUACGUUCACUCAGUUCGUUCAUUCAUUCACAGAUUAUCCAAGACGACAGUGAUUAUGAAGACUAUGCUUACACAUUGAACACAAUUUAUUGCGUAUAUACGAGAUUAGCAGACGCACAGUACAAAGAAAAACGGAACUUUACUGGCAGGAAUAUAAGGGAGUAAAAUUUAGGAGAGAAAGGAUGUCACGGGAAUAAGACAAAAGAAACGACGAUUUCAAGCUGUAUGUAAGGAGAGCCAGAUAUAUUAUUAUUAUAUUGUAGAUAAUAGCUAUCGUAACAACGGUGAUGAAGCUGGCUGCAUGCGAUCGAGACAUAUUAGAAGACCAGCACACAACUGCAGCGAGUUGGAAAGAAUUCUGUUGUGGCGUCCAUCAGCGUAACUUACGACACGGCGUAGAAAGUUCAACGCGGAAUUGUCUCGCCUCGGUGGUAAACUUAAAUAUGUUGUAUGUCGUGACACCAUGCCAGGUCGGUCGCGUUACUCUGGCUUUUUUCGGUAGUUGCUAUAGCACCACUAAUAAUGAUAAAUAUAAUAAUUAUAGUCAUAAAGACGGAAGAAAGAACCUACAAAAUUAAAAUAAUUCAAUGGAAGCGACAGUCACGAAGACAGACGAAACCACUUCUUGUUCAAGAACACUCAUUCAAAACACAAAACGAUGAUGGAGAAGAACUGAGUGAUUUGUGUAGUAUCUUACGGGUGAACACGCUAUCGUCCUCAAAGCGAGGAGAUCGCGCUUCCUAUUAUGUCAACGGAAAGACAGUCUAUUCCUCUUCUUUUAGUCAUUCGGGGAUUUGUGGUCGCCUAUAGGUGAUAAGCGCGAACUACAUGGCACGAACGAAGGACAUGAACAGCAUCCAACGUAGUACACAAAUUAACAGAAUCCGGCCGCACGAGACCCCACAUGUCUAGGUACGCUUUGUUAACCGAAUGGUAUGUCAAUGCAGUAAAAGCAAUUGACAAAGGUUAUAUUGCACCUUGAAAUGAAUAUGUUUCAAAAUUGAGGCCCUAGGUAAAUCAAGAUUACGGAUAUUGCCGCAUAUACAUAUUUCCGACAUAUUUCCGCAGAAGGAAAGGCACACACAGCUUUUACAGAUAACGUAAUAAUGAUAACAAUAAUAAUCGAAAAAAGGCGAUGAUAAGUUGACGCGUAUAUAUAUAUAUAUAUAUGAUUUCUGCCUCUCGUGUCGUUAUACUUGACAGAACGUGCUCUUCCAUGAACGCUGUGUGUGCUUCUCCUUCCGCGACCAUACCUCCGCCCGCUUUCAAUUUCCGUGAUCUUGAUUUAUCUGGGAUUCCAAUUUUGAAACAUAUAUUUAUUUGGAGAUCCAACGCAACCUUCGUUGCCAUUGCCUUCUGCUGCAUUGGCAUGCUACUCGGUUGACAACGCGUACCUAGACAUGUGAAAUUUUACGCGGCACGGUUCUGUUAACUUGUCCACAACGUUGAACGUGACUUAUGUCCUUCAUUCGUGUCGCGCAGUUCGUGUUUGUUACCUAUAAGCGACCACAAAUCCGGGAAAGACUAAAAGAAGAAGAAUUAACUGCCAUUACGGUGACACAAUAGAAAAUGCGAUUUCCUUCAUUUUGAGAACGGUAACGUAUUCACCCGUAAGGCAAUACACAAAGCAUUCAGUUCUCGGCGUUUUGAUUUUAAGAAACUGGUAGAUCUCUCUAAAUCUCGAUUGUUGUGAACCACUUUACUUAAAGCAGUAGCAGUUUCGUCUGGCUCUUUUCAUUUUGUGACUGCUUUCAUUAAAUUGUUUCUGCUUGUGGAAGUCUUCUUUCCAUUUUUAUGAAUAUAAUUAUUUUUUUAAAACUGUGUGCUGCUGUUCCAACGUCUCUCAGCCAGCUUCGUCGCUAUUGGCUCUGUUUCUCGCGCUCUCUCUCUCUUUGUAUAUAGCUUGAAAUAAUUCUUUCGCUUAUUUCCUGUGAUAUUCUAUCUGUCCACAGUCAUUUUAUUUUUCCAUUGUCAGUAAAGCUUCGUUUUUUUUUGUGUACUGUCCAUCUGCCUAUCUUAUGUAUACGCGAUAGAUUGUGUUCAAUGUAUUAUCAUAAUUAUCAUGAAUGAAUAAAUUAAGCGAACGUGUUCACGUGUCUUUGGGAAA